AUGGCGACUGAAACAUCAAGCAGGAGCUCAGUGAAGCCUUUGCCUAGAAGUGGCAUUCUUCUUCGCUCAAGUUUGAUCACCAUUUUCGGGAUCAUUUCGGCGUUGACUUUUCAGUCUAUAGUAAAACCUCCUCCGCCGAAGCUAUGUGGAUCCCCAGGAGGUCCACCGAUCACAGCGCCGCGGAUUAAGCUCCGAGACGGGAGGAAUCUGGCGUACAAAGAGCACGGAGUUCCAAGAGAGAAAGCUCGCCGCAAAGUCAUCUUCAUCCACGGAUCCAAUUGUUGCCGACACGACGCUAUUUACGCGACCCUCCUCUCUCCGGAUUUAGUUGAGGAACUAGGCGUGUACAUAGUUUCGUUCGAUAGACCGGGUUAUGGAGAGAGCGAUCCGGAUCCGAAUCGGACCCCGAAAAGCUUGGCUUUAGACAUUGAAGAGCUCGCUGAUCAAUUGAGUCUCGGAUCAAAGUUCUACGUGAUCGGAUAUUCCAUGGGAGGACAAGCAACAUGGGGAUGCGUUAAGUACAUCCCUCACCGGUUAGCCGGAGUGACGCUAGUCGCUCCGGUGGUUAACUAUUGGUGGAAGAGCUUACCUUCGAAUGUCUCCAAUGAAGGUUUCAACUUGCAGCCAAAAAGAGAUCAAUGGGCGGUUCGUGUAGCUCACUACGCUCCUUGGCUUAUGUACUGGUGGAACACACAGAAAUGGUUCCCCGGUUCGAGCGUUGCGAGCGGAGAUUACAGUAUCUUGUCACAGUCGGAUAAAGAUAUCAUUUUGAAGCUCGGGUCUUCGAGGAAACCGUAUUGGGAUGAAGUAAUGCCGCAAGGGAAGCACGAGAGUGUGAACCGGGACGCGAUCGUGGGGUUUGGGAGUUGGGAGUUUGAUCCUGUAGAGCUGGAGGACCCGUUCUUGAACGGGAAUGGCUCUGUGCAUUUGUGGCAGGGAGAUGAGGACAUGUUGGUGCCUGUGACGAUGCAACGUUACAUUGCGGAGAAGCUUCCGUGGGUUCAGUAUCAUGAGGUUGCUGGAAGUGGACACUUCUUGCACUUUGCUGAAGGUAUGGUUGAUGACGUUGUUAAGACGCUCUUAUCCACUGAUGCAUAG